CACAGUGAGGAGUCUUUUUGGGUGGAGAAUCCAAAAACAGACCUAGGAUCGCUUCCGCACUUCUCAGUGGGUGUAAACCAACAUGCUUAAACAGCUUCCAAAUCGGGUGCAUUGCGCGGCGGGGUUCAACAUUUAAACCAACCACGGCGUGAGUCUGAAGGAAGUUAAGUUGUUGGCUCACCCUCUGUGGUAGCUAGCCACCACAACACACCCUGGGCUGGAAUUACUGGACAAGUUCAAUCAAAAAGUACUUUGUUUCUCUGACGAAUCACAUCUGACACGCAAACCAUGUGUCUUUUUGUUGUUGAGCGCGGAUAUGCGUGUCGUCCCAUGAACCACCAGCAGCAGUUGGACUCGUCGAGUCUCGCUUGUACAGCCUUGGUGUAACACCUUGCACACCCAUGGAGAUUGCAAACUGGUCGCUACAAAGUGAUAUCAUUAAGGACCAAGUGGACUUCAAAGCAAGUCAGUUUACCGGGAAGACGCUGAUUGGCAUAGUGCAAGAUCUCCGCUCGACAAACGCUCCGGCUAGCUAUAUAUAAGAUGUCUUGUGCACAUACAGCCUCACACCUGCGACUCUGCUGCUUAUAACGAUUUAAAACACAGAGCUGUGGAUGCUGGUGAAACAUUAUAUGGAAAUAUCUAUUAGGUAGAUGGUUGCAGCUGUCUUUGUGUAACAGGAGUUAACUUGGGAGAUUACUGCAAUAGCCCUCUUUGAUUGCAAGUGACUGGGCGCACACCGUCUUCAAAAGCUUGCGACUGCAUCGAAUCAUCGUUCCCUCCCCUCAUCAAGGCACCCAGUACCAGUCUGGGCCACCGGGCCUCUUUGGAUAAUAACCCUGUUGUCGUGAUCUACGUUGGGCACGGCUGUGCCGUCCAAAGUAACCAUUAUGGUCGGUGGAUACAUGAUGUAUAGGAGGCUAAUGCUGGUUGUGUGUUAUCUACUACUCCUGAGGUGUACAUAUGGAGGGAGGACUCAAAGAAAAAAAGACCAACAGACAGAUGACGAAGGACAGAGUUUGAAACACAAAAGCCGAGAGGCGGUCAUCAAGGCGUUUGAACACAACCUCCUCAACAUGUUCGGACUGAAGGAGAAACCCAAACCCAGCCGGAGAAUACAAGUGCCUCAGUAUAUGUUGGAUCUUUACAAUGAACAGGCAAACUCGCCCGUUUCGAGUAUGAACUUUAACGUCCGUGGAAAGUCAACACGAACUGCGAACACUGUCAGAAGUUUUCACCAUCACGACCACGACGAUGAGAAGAACCCAUCAGCGGCUAACUCAAACGGCCACUCGCACAAGCUCACCUUCAAUGUAUCUACCAUGGCAGAAGAUGAGGUACUCACUGCCGCUGAAUUACGUCUGUUCUGUAAGACUCAGCAUUCAAUUUCAAAGAGAGACGUCACUGACACGAGGGACACAGAAAAUACAACACAACAUUCGAUACAGAAACUCAAGCACAGGGUGAAUGUGUAUCAAAUUCUAAAGCCAGUGUCAAACAGUAAGGAUAUCAUAAAGAGACUUAUCGAUACCAAAAUUGUGGAUGUUCGCAACGCCACAUGGGAAUCGUUUGACGUACGUCCAGCAAUACUGGACUGGAGGAGGUCGCCUCGCGCAAAUCAUGGGAUCGAGGUUGAAGUUCUUGACAGUAGGGGACGUCCAAGCGGUCACAGAAACUUUAGGAUAGCUCGGUCUGUAACUGAGCAAGGGGACUUGGAAGACGAAACGAGGUGGUUUGAAGAGAGGCCUCUAAUUGUGACUUACACUGAUGAUGGGAGGCAGAAACGGGCGGCAGGACGCUCUACUAGUAGUCGUGAGAGAAAUAACCGAAAGCGACGGUUGAAACCCAACUGUCGACGCCACCCGCUCUACGUUGACUUCACCAGCGUAGGCUGGAAUAGUUGGAUUGUAGCACCCGCAGGGUACCAGGCAUAUUACUGCCAGGGGGAGUGCCCGUUCCCGCUUGUGGAUCACCUGAAUGCUACCAACCACGCAAUAGUGCAGACGUUAGUUAACUCGGCGAGUCCGCAGCUAGCACCCAAAGCAUGCUGUGUACCAACAGAUCUAAGUCCAAUAAGCAUGCUCUAUCUGGACGAAUCAGACGCCGUCAUUCUUAAAAACUAUCAGGACAUGGUCGUAGAGGGCUGCGGGUGCCGAUAAACCCUCAGAUAAUUUUAUAUAUAAAUCUGGGAAAAUCUCACAUUUUAUUGUUAAAUAAGCAGAAGUUGGGUUUUUUUCAGGUAUAUAGUUUUAAGUGUAUCAUACUUGUUAAUAUGUUUAAUAUCUAACACGAUGUAUAAAGUUAUUUAUAUUUCAUAAUUCAUAUUCAUAUGCAGUAUAUAUUUUUAAUUGCAGCUCGUACGAAAGUCCGAGUAAAUAGAGUAAAGAUACUGUCGCGGGAAUUUUUCAACCACCCACAAAACACAUGGGUUCUAGGCCUUUUAAUACUUGGGGUCUGUGACGAAUGCAUGGUUACCAACCAUACCCACAACCAGUCAUGAUUGCUUACUAAAACAAAUGUUACACAAACGUAACUUUUCCACUGUUGGGAUACUUGUGCCAAAAUCCACCUGUCUGGAAACUACCUUCGAUGACGUGGAAAAAUGAUUUUUAUUUUAUGGAAAACUGAAAGAAAUUCAUAAUAACGCAAGAUCAGAGUCAAAACUGUCAAAUCAUUUAAUUGAACCCUGUCUGUUUGUGAAGUUGAUUCAAGAGCCCCUAUUUCAUUCAUAGGAAUCAGGAGAAUGAAUUGAAAUUAUACUUAAGACUUUUUCCUUGUUACAUCGGUGUGUGCCUUAGAAACGAGUUCGAUGUUUUUCACAACAGAUGUUUUUCCAAAACUGACUUGCAAAACCCCACAUGAGGGUGUGUACAUGUGACAUAUCAAAGUGCCUUUAUUAUGAGGUGUUUUCUGGUUCUUGUGCAACAAAGCAUUCAAGAAACAUUAAAGAUCUUUUGUCAUUUUCAGAAAUAAAAUGGGCAUUUGGAUGAAGACCAGAUACAUGGAGUGAUCCCUAAGAAGUGUACACAAACCUAUUGUACAUGGUUGGGUAACUUCCAUCAUAACAUCAGCGAAACCGUAGUACAUUGGUUAAAGAUCUUCUAAAACCCUUGUAUACUAUUAGAUACACAGCGUAUUCACAGUAUCAAAAUAGACAAGUAGGAUACCGCCGGUGUUGUGCUAUACCAUGUCCCGUAUUCCUAUGCUAUAUACAGUCAUAAGCUUACCAUAAAAGUGUACGUGUCGUGUAAAAAAACUGUGUGCUAAUUAAUUAACUCUGCGUUGCAAAGUUUCAUACAAAAAAGGACAAAUACUUUAAAUUGAAGAUUUGUCAAAAUACUCUUUAUGCGUAUGCAUUACCAAGCAAUAGCAUUAUAGGUUCACCUUUGAUAUCAGUUUUAACUAUCUGUAAAGACUAUUCAAAUCGAUAUUCAAACAAACAAUGACACUCUAUUCUAAAGGUUUAACACAUACAUUUAGUCUGAUAUACUCCAACUCGUAUUCAUAACGAUAUAAGUACAAGUAAAAUAUAUUAUCAUGUUAAAAUAACCUUUAGUUUUACAGAAUGAUCUUGUCGCACCAGAGUUUUAUUCAUAAGGAAUUUAGUCAUUUCGGGUGUUCUUUAAAAUUACGUAAUUAAAAUUGUAUGGAAUUUAGAACUUUGUAUCAAAGAUUAUGUCAAAAAUGGCGUUAAACUUACUGAUGAUAUGAGCCUAGUGUGACAUAUUCCAUCACUGGCUACAUUUAGAACAGCUGUCAAGAGGUAAAAUGGUAGCAGGGAACAAAGAGUCGCAAAAUGACCUAUGGCUACCAAACCCUUUUCAAAAUCACCCCUCGUCAAGGAGACAAUUUGGGGUACGACAGUGGAAUUGAAUGAAAUACCAAGUUUGACAUAACCUUUCUCUGCCGAACAAAAGACUAUUGUUCAGCGGUUUGAGACUAAUCCACGCAGUUUGCUGUAUUGUUAACGGAGCAAGUAUCUCCUUCAUGCCACUGUUAACAGAGCAACUCCUUCAUGCCACAAUGUCGGGUAUUGGUGAUCUGCUCCUUGCUCUAUGGUUGAGCAUAGGUUGUUGGAUGCAUGGGUCGUUUUCAUUAAACACAGUGAGCAUGAUUUGAAGGUAAGAACACUUCGUUCAUGUUGUACCGUAUUAACAGGCAAAGUGAAAGUCUAAAUGUUAAACCAUUUGAUGUACAUUGUCACAGCACACUCCAACCUCAAUCUUGGCUCUGAAUCCUAGUCCCUCUAUGCUCAGAUAUCGUCAUAUCAGGCAUUUAGAAACUUUAGACAAUAAAGGUCUGUACUGCUACAAGGCUGUAUCACAUCCGUGCAAAAAAAACACGUUAAAUUCACUAUCGUUUGGAGUCGUAUCUCAAAAUGACUACACAAUAAUAUGUAAUAAUAACAUUGCAGACAGCACAUGCAGCUUAAUUCCAAUUUUGAAUAUUAACUGACGGUUGUGUUCAAUGUGUUUCAUCUUGCAAUUUGCAUAGUUUGCCGUGCAACAUACAAUACAUGCACAUGUUAUGCUUAUUGUACAUACAUUUUAAUGCACUGCAAUCGGCCAGUAUGUACAGUUAAUAGGAUGUGGUGUAAAGUUAGUGUGUGCUUUUGGGUGGCGUUAAGUUAAAUCACAAGCCUUUAUAGCUUUGGAAGUUCGGUUAAAAUAUGUCCCGAUUAUAUGACUGAUCGAAUAUGACAGGAUCAUAUCACAAACCCCAGUAAAAGGGACAGGUACAUGUAGGUUUUGCUCACGAAAUACUGUGUUCUGGACAUUUUGUGCUUUCUCGUUUCGGAAAUGUUUACUGUAUUCUACAAAGAGUUAAAUCUAGACGUAAAUAAAUAUUGUUAUAAUCUGUACAUGAAUCUAUUAUAAUGUUCUUGCAUGUGGGCCUAUUUUGACGAACUCUACAUGUAUCAAGUAUUCGGGUACAGUACUUAGUUCUUGUUAUACUUUUUGAAAGUGUACGUGUGAUAUUUUGUGGGUCUUAUUCCAGGGAAGAAUCGUGCCUAUUAUUCUUUCAUAAAAUGAAGGGAGAGAGAAGUCAGAUUAAUUGAAGUUCAAUUUCUGCAAAAUGGUUCAUGCAUGCUUUAGGCCUUUUGCACCACUUUCCCAGUAUAUAAGUAAUCUGUUUGAACGGUUGAAGUUAAGGCUGUUGAGAAGACACACAUUUCUUCGGCACAGAUAUGUCUUCUAAUGAAACUAAAAGGGUAUGUUUAUUUAUUAUUACAGUGCGACAGUUAUUGUAUUUACUACCUUCAUGAUGUUGUGUACGGUUGUAUUCAGCAGUGUUAAUUUUUAUGAUAUUAAAUUAUAUUAUUUAAUGUAAAAUCACAGUAUAGAGAAGAAGGAACUCGCCCGUGUUUUAAAAAGUGUGGGCAAGCUUUGUAUAUAGUCUUCAUCACUUCAUAAUGUUUUUCGUUUUGUACAAUAAGACAUUUUAGACCCAAUACGGAUCUUAUUCUAAUAUUUUAUCGAUGCGUAUUUCCUGAAAAUAGUUGCAUUUAUAAGUAAGAAAUUAAAACAACUAAAAAGGACACGUACAUUUUCAGUGAUUGAGAAAUCUUAUUGUAUGAAAGUUGGUAACGGAGAGAAAACUUAUAAUAUGAAAAUAACGUACGCACAUAUCAUUUUUAAGAAGCAAAAAGUGAGAUGAUUUUGUUACAAACUGAAACCGUCUAUCAAACAUGUUUUUGUUUGUCAACGUGACACAAGAAGAUAGGGGUGUUAUGGGGGCACACGUUUUUGCGACCCCAACCAAGUCCAACCGAGGCAACAAGUCGGCAACAAAUUUGGUCUGAACAGGUUCAUCACCGCAGUUCAACCGAACACGCAAAAACGCUCAACCGAUGACCAAAGCUAAAAUGUGUUUACGGUUCGGAUCGCCAAACGCACUCUUGGUUUCGUUUUCGUUUUCCACAGAAAGAUGAAAGAUUCUUAUUGGGGUUUGUGCAUAAUUUUGUACAUAAUCCUAGAUGGUUUACUAGCCCUGACUAUGCCUUAAAACACACUUGGUUCAACAGGAAUGCCUUUUACUAUUUUUUGUAACUAUAAUUACAAUGACGACUCAAAAUGAAUUGUGCUUUAUGUAAUACAACUUUGGUAUACAGUAGUAGUCAACUUUGAAACAAUCAGAGAACAAUAAAUCAUAAAAACAAAUCUCUUUGAAA